GCCGCACGUGGAUUUAGCGAGAUGCCCAAAUCUAAGCGCGACAAGAAAGUUUCCUUAACCAAAACUGCCAAGAAAGGCUUGGAAUUGAAACAGAACCUGAUAGAAGAGCUUCGGAAAUGUGUGGACAUGUACAAGUACCUCUUCAUCUUCUCUGUGGCCAACAUGAGGAAUAGCAAGCUGAAGGACAUCCGGAACGCCUGGAAGCACAGCCGGAUGUUCUUUGGCAAAAACAAGGUGAUGAUGGUGGCCUUGGGUCGAAGCCCGUCUGAUGAGUACAAAGAUAACCUGCAUCAGGUUAGCAAGAAGCUAAGGGGUGAAGUUGGUCUUCUUUUCACCAAUCGCACUAAGGAAGAAGUAAAUGACUGGUUCACUAAAUUCACGGAAAUGGACUACGCCCGAGCUGGUAACAAAGCAACUUUCACAGUGAGCCUGGAUCCCGGGGCCCUGGAGCAGUUCCCCCACUCCAUGGAGCCCCAGCUCAGACAGCUGGGCCUGCCUACCACUCUAAAGAAAGGUGUGGUGACCUUGCUGUCUGACUAUGAAGUGUGCAAAGAGGGUGAUGUGCUGACCCCGGAGCAGGCCCGCGUCCUGAAGCUUUUUGGGUAUGAGAUGGCUGAAUUCAAGGUGACCAUCAAAUACAUGUGGGAUGCACAGUCUGGAAGGUUUGAACAGAUGGGCGAGGACUUGCCAGAGAGUGCGCCUGAGUCAGCGGAAGAGUCAGAGGAAGAUGACGAUGACUGA